GCCCCAGCGAUGUUCUUGGCACAUCCGCUGGGUUUCAUGGGCGAGCAGCCGCAGCAAGCGCCGCAGCCGCAGCAGCCCCAGCAGCCGCAGCAGCCGGAGCAGAAGCAGCAGAAGGAGAUGAAGCACUGGGACAAGUUCGUCCCCGGCUUCGUGGAUACCUUCGCCGACAAGUACCUGCACGACAGCGAGAAGGCCACCGAAAAGCGCAUGGAGCAGAAGAAGGCGGAGGAGAAGCCGGCUUCCGCUUCUCAGGCUGCUCCUGCCCUCUUCGCGUCCGCGGACGGCGGUGACUAUUCCGAGCAGGCGGCCAAGGAGGAGGCCAGCCUCAGGGCCGUGUCUUCCAGCCUUGCGGAGGAGGCCGAGGCGAAAUCUCGUGCACAGCAGGCCAUGGCCGAACUUCGGGAAGCGAAGCUUCGCGACGUGAUUGGCGAGGCCGGCUCCUGGGAGAGUCCCUCCGAGCUCGCCUCGUCCUCUGCGCCCAAGGACACCCAAGAAUGGGAGAAUGCCCUCGACUCCCGCAUUAAGCUCUUGGAGCGGUUCAACAACGAGAAGCGACGAAACGUCUUGGACUUCAACGCCUCGCGCGCGGUCGAGCUGGUCUACGCCGUGGAGACUGCCUCGGCACACGUUCAACAGAACAUCAAGAAGCAAGAGGAGAACAUGAAGUCCAAGUUCAAGACUGCCAAGGUCAAGGCCCUGCAGAAGGUGAAGGCAUUGGAAUUCGACGUGCGCUCCGCUGCCAGCAACUGGAAGGCCGUCGGAAAGAAGUCCGUCAAGGCUCAGAAGUCGGCGAGGAUGUCUGAGAACGUCUACGAGCGCCACGACGACGAGAUGAGCGAUGACGUUGGCGAUCUCAAGAACAGUGCUGAGAACAAGGCGGAGCGUUUGGAGGACGAGGUCGGCGACUACUUCUCCCGCAUGGAGGAUGAUCUCCGCCAGACAGCUUAUGACAAGCGUGCCAG